AUGACAUUUUCACUUUGUUGGAAAAGAAGAUUAUUGAAGGGGAAAAAAGAAUUGGCACCUUGUGCGACAGAAAGUGUUGUCAUCAGAAUCUGUGCUACUUUCAGUUCUCGUAUUUUUUUUCUUUCCACAAGUGGAUAUGAAAAAAGUUAUUUAACUUCGUCUGCUUCUACUCCUGCUACUACUUCUGCUAGUGAUGUUAUUCAAUAUGCGCAGUUUAAAUUUUUAAACAAUUUAAAGCUUCGUAACAAAGAAUAA